CCGCGCGGUGGGGCGGUGGGGGGUUGCGGUCUCUCUCCCUCCUGCUGCUCCUGGCGCUCGGCGGGGCGGGGUCCGAGCCGGGGCGCUGGACCGUGACCUGCAGCAGCAACAGCACCAAGAACCUGUUUGUGUUCUCCAAGACGAUGUUCAACGGUUCCUCAAUCUCUCUCCACGUGGUGCCGAAGGAGUGCUCCCCGGGGGUGACCCUGAACGUGACCUGGUACCUGCGGAGCUCUCAUUGUCACAACGAAGUCUACAUGAACGAGAAGAGAGCAGAGACUUACCUGACAAAUUACAAGACCGAGCUGGAGCCGAAGAGCUCUGGCCAGUACAUUCUACACUCGUAUAAACCCUUCAACUGUAGCCACGCGGUCCCCCUGGAGCUGAAUGUAGAGAGUUUUGAGCUGCCUACCCGGCUGGAUCGCCUCACGGACUUGCAGCAGGAGACCGGGGUCCAGCGGCGCGGGACCGCAGAUGCGCAGCCCAAGGAUGCCACCAAGGAUGCCGCAGGGAAGCCGAAGUCGUCUGCUGUUAAAUUGGCUGGUCCGCCUGACAAAAAUCCAGAAGCGGCAGGGAAGCCGAGCGAGACCCAGGGAGAGAAACGGGGCCCAGGAGAGGCAGACGGAACCAAGAAAUUAAAAGCAGGGAGGCAGGGCAAAUCAGAGCUGUAUGCCGUAGCCGAGACCUGGGAGGAUGGGCCCUACGUGUUCAUCCUGAAAAUUGAGGGGCAGAGCAAGGACCCAAAAGCUGCCUCGAACUGGGAGCUCACAAUUGACGUCCGGAUGAAGCACCCUCACUACCAGUACAUCUCCGCCUCCGAGUGGCCCCUCAUGGCGUUCUACAUGGCCAUGUGCAUCGUAUACGUGUUCUACGGGGUGCUGUGGCUGGGGCUGCUGGCCUGCUACUGGCGGGACAUCCUGCGCAUCCAGUUCUGGAUCGGGGGGGUCAUCCUGCUGGGCAUGCUGGAGAAGGCCGUCUUCUACGCCGAGUUCCAGAGCAUCCAGAGCCAGGGGGUGUCUGUCCAAGGGGCCGUGAUCUUCGCUGAAGUGCUGUGCGCCGUGAAGCGUAUGCUGGCCCGUGUGCUGGUCAUUAUCGCCAGCCUGGGUUACGGCAUUGUCAAGCCGCGGCUGGGUGCCCUGCUGAACCGGGUAGUGGGCGUGGGGCUGAUGUACCUGCUCUUCUCCAUCAUUGAGGGCGUCCUGCGGGUGAAAUCGGCUCAGGAUGACCUGGUGCUGCUGGCUGCCAUCCCUUUGGCUAUGCUUGACUCUGCCCUCUGCUGGUGGAUCCUCAUCAGCCUGGUACAGACCAUGAAGCUCUUGAAGCUACGGCGCAACACGGUGAAGCUGUCCCUGUACCGCCACUUCACCAACACCCUCAUCUUCGCCGUGAUCGCAUCCGUCAUCUUCAUCAUCUGGACCACCAAGACCUUCCGGCUCACCAAGUGCCAGUCGGACUGGCGAGAACUGUGGAUCGACGACGCCUUCUGGAGGUUCCUCUUCUCCAUCAUCCUGCUGGUGAUCAUGUUCCUGUGGAGGCCCUCGGCCAACAACCAAAGAUACGCGUUUGUGCCGCUGGUGGAUGAAGGGAGCGAGGAAGAGGACGAGGAAGAGGAACAUAUGGUGAACGAGGCCUUUGAAGGGAUGAAGAUGAGGAGUGCAAAAAAUGAAGUCAACGGGAUCCUGAAAGGCAGCAGAGUGGAUGAAGAUUUGAAAUGGGUGGAGGAAAACAUCCCUUCGUCUAUGGCCGACGUGGUGCUACCCCCUCUGCUGGACUCCGAUGAGGAAAUAGUGACCACGAAAUUUGAAAUGUCCAAGAUGGAGUGAGAAAGGAAUCCGGCCAGUCAUGCUGCAGGAUAUGCCCAGCUUCCCUCCAUGGCCUGUCGGGGAAGGAGAGUUGCUGGUGGUUUUUCUUUUAAUAUAUAUAUUUGUAUAUGGUUAAAAGAUUAUUUUAUUACCUUUAAGUUUCUAAUUCUCGGGCUUUAACGGACUGGGGAGCUCUCCCCUGCUAGCGGCCCCAGGAGAGUGCCCCCAUCUGGGGAGGAAGACCAGAAUGCACCUCAACCAGGAUCAGCUUCUUUCUCAGACUGGAUUAGGAAGGAAACUGCUUUUGGCCGCUCUGGGCCUCUGUCCCGCUGGGGAGCGGCGUUGGCUGGACACGUGCAAGUGGUUUUCUAACGGGUCGGGCGGGGUGGGGAGUGACAGGCAGACACGUAUUGGGUGCACCUGUUAUGGGGUUCUUGGAGUGCCUGUUUUUCAGGGGCGGUGUCUGCUCGGGGGUCGAUCUAAGUGGGAUGGGGUGCUUUUAUAUGGGAAGGCAGGCUGGAGGCUGGGUGUGUAAGGGAAGGUGAGAGGCACGCUGGGUGCAGAUGGCAGUGAUGGGGGCAGGAAUAGGGUAGGGAGAACGUCUGGCUCUUCUGGGGCUGCAGGCAAGGUUUGCCCCGUACCCUGCUGCGUCCUGGGACGGUCUCUGUCCCUCUCCUCCAGCAUUGCUCCUGCACAGGCAGAGCUGGCAUCGGUUGGGAGCACCAGACCCCUCGCAUUCUGCUGCCAAGACCGGGACGCUUCCUCUUUCCAGCCCAGAGAGCCUGAGAGAACCCACGUGCCAUGUGCGUCCACACCGGGUGCUGGGGAGGGGACACCGCCACACUGCGAUGCAUGCUGAGAUCCGGCUCGGCGGUAACACUGAACCUGGGAUUCUCCGGGUGGCUGCACCGUGGCCUGGCAUCAGUGGGCAUCCCAGCUUCUGCCAUGGCAGUGUCUGGCACAGCGCGUCCUUCCUGAGCCUCUUUGACUCCAGCGGGGGCCACUCAGGGUUUUCUCUGCCAACUGGGCACCCGCCGAGGCGGAUGGAGUGCCAGGGCUUGCCCGCCCCAGAGCUGCUGCCCUCUUCUCCGACAUCACUCCCGGCCAGCACAGCGGUCGCGCCAAGAGACCUAUCCAAGAUCUGCUGACGCCCCUGCGGCCAGAGAGGGAGAGACGCUUGGUCCGUGCCGGGGACCCCAGUUCUGAAACUGACAAGAGUCACUACCCGGUGCCCAUUGCCAGGGCGAACACGUGCCUGGUGCUUACUUCAGCCCGGACCUGGCUCGGACUGGGAGGAGGAGGAAGAGUAAAGACCAGGGACCCGGAGCCCCCAUGCGACCCUGCCUGCAGUGCCCACCCGGUCCCCGGCAUCACUGGGCCACCUGGCUCUGUCGCCCGGCUAAGCAGCUGUUUGGUGACUGUCGUGCUGACAAGUCCAGCGAGCUGGAAAAUCGAUCGCCUGCUGCUUUUGCCCUUCUCCGGCAGGAGCGGGGCUGUCUGAUCUUGCAGACAGACCCCCCCCACCCCUCCCCAAACUCCGUCUCCCCAAACUCCCUCUCCUCAUGCCUGAGCCAACAGGAUAUUAACUAUACUACACAGCUCAGCCCUGGAGCCCAACCAAACCUGCCCCGUCCCUGUGCCCCUAGGGGGCCCCUGCAGAACUGAGGGCAGCCCGUGAGUAGCAGCCAGCCAGGGGCCGCCCGCCCCCCGGACAGUUGAGCAGCCCCCUCUUGCAGGUGCAACUUCCCGAUCCCUCCCGCAGGCGCUGCCCCAGUCUGGCUUCCCCCACCAAAUGGCGGUAGUGGUGGAAUCAGGUCCCUCCCCAGGCUAUCGGGAUGGGGUGACUCCUCUGUAAGCCUUUAGAAAUUGACACUUAUGGCCUGGCACAUCCUCUCCUAUAACCCACCCACACACACUCCAUUAGCCUGGCAUGUCCUCGCCCUAUAACCCCAGAACCCUUCCCCAUUAAAAUUCAAUAAGCCUCUGCAUCCCACAUGCCAGCCUGCACCCCCCAGACCCCAGCUUGACCUACUUUAAGGGCUGCUAGUCCCACUCCACCUCCCCUGCCCUUUCCACACCGACCUGCAUCCCGCCCCACAUGCUUGACAUCUUCUGCAGCGACGCCUUCUCCUCCGCUUUGUGUUUACGUUGAUUUCACCUGCCUGGAGCCAGAUCUGUCCCCGAUCUCGUGUCUCUCCGGGAGAUCUUCCUUUUCCUGUCUCCCCAUUUCCUUCCAGCUCUGGCUGUGCCAGGAGGCUCCCACACCCGCUGACUUUAAUUUUAAAACUGAAAUGCUUUACUGGCUGUCGGGCGGGGCGAAUUCUGCCCCCAUCAAUGGCCAUUUUUUGGAGGAGGAAGCUUGAUUUCGGGGGAGCACGGUGUAUUGCUUUUCUUUGCCGGGAGGGGACUCUGUUUGUGUUACAUCCACUAAUGGUAAAAAGACGUCACAAUUCGAAA